AUGGCCUGGGCUACCACUUUCUACAACGUUUUCGUGAAGCGAAACUCGGCCUUCGUGGCCACCAUCCUGGCUUCCGCUUUUGUCUUUGACAUGACCUUUGAGACUGCCAUCGACAACUUCUGGGACAGAAUCAACGCUGGCAAACAAUGGAAGGAUAUCCGACACAAGUACAUCGAGGCCGCUGGCGACGAUGACGAGGAUGACGAGUAA